AUGAUAGCCGUGCGGGCACUAAGGGAUUAUAUACCAUACUUCGUGGCCCUGACUGUCCUGCGUUUAGAGUUGGAGGAGUUGUCCGGUGCCGGCGCUAUGGAUACGGAUGAGGAGAUCGUUAUGGAGAUGUUCGUCAAGAGUAUGUUCAUUGGAUCGCAGGCCUCUGUGCCUGUGGAUGUUGAUGUGGAGGAUGAGGUGGAGAUGAGUGAGGUCUCGUCGGGAGUAGGAGAGUUGCCGUCCCUACCUCAUUCGCACUCGCCUACCUCUUCUGGAUCGACCAUGCCAGGGACGAUGGUGUCGUCUUCUUCGUCUGAAGGGUCGACGACCGCACUGCCUGUGCAUGACACUCUGAGGGAACCUUCUCUGUUAGACGAGACGAGUUUUGAGUCGGUUUCACAGUCUCCCUCGUCUUCACUGCCGUCUUGGACUACCGGGUCUGCAUCCUCCGGCCAUCAAUCUCCUUCUACUAAAUCUACAGAAUCUACGUCUUUGAGUGGAUCGGUGCAGGAUGUGGGGCAGAGUCAGAGACGGGAAGAGAAGCAGCAGAGGGUUCUGGGACAGGCGUUCGCUAUGACAGAUCCCCCUUUGUCUUUGGCGUCUGCCUCUGCCGUUUCGACGGCUUCGACGGUUUCUUCGUCCGCGAGUGCCAAGGCAGGAGGCUCCUAUUUCUCCCCUCCAACCCUCACCACCAACACCCCUUCCCCUUCUUCCUCAUACAUCACCACCUCCUCCUCCUCCGCAUCAACACCAUCCGUCUCCACACCCACACCCUCCUCGAACCAGAGCCAGGACCAGAGGAGCGAGAACGAAAGAAAGAGCCGAGAAGCAGCCUCAUUCCUGUUGUCAUACUCGAAUUAUCAAGUCGAUGUGGUGGGGAAACUGACGGCGUUACAGUUCUUGGUGGAGCAUCAGCUUGCGACGAUGCCGCGGUUGGAGUGCUUUUGGUUGGGGGGCAAGAUGUUCCAGGUUCCUAAACGGCGGUCCGCAUCUUCACCUUUGUCGUCGGUGUAG